AAUAAUUAUCCUUUCUUUGUGUGAUUGUGACGUUUUUCCCCUGUUUUUGCUACGUUUCCGGGUAUAACCCUUUUUCCAUGGAUUGCAAGCAGUUCUGAGUGAGUUGGAGACUUGGCGUCCGGUGGAAAAUGACGACUAUCUUAAUGGAUGUGAAAAAUCUGAACCAGACACCUAAAAUAAAAUUAUCUUGUGGCCUACAUUCAAUGGAUGAGAAGGGUGAUGUGUUCCUGGAACCGCAGACACUGACAAAGACCCCCGCGAAGGCUUCGGCUCCGGCUCCUUCUUCACAGUCGGCGGACUCCCAGGAGAACAACAUGGGCUCUCUGAAAACUCCCACUAAGGGCAGGGGCAUUCCUGCUUCCGAGCCCUGGACGCCUACUUCGAACCUUAAGAUCCUCAUCAGCGCUGCUAGCCCGGAGAUCAGGAACAGAGAGAAGGAGCUGAGAAUGGACAAUGUUGAAAGCGCGGAGUCCCUCGACUCUUCUCAGGAGGCUGGGACUGGCGAUGAAUCCGACAAACUUCAAAUUAGUCGUAAGGAGAAGAGUCUUGGUUUGCUCUGCCAUAAAUUUCUUGCACGGUACCCGGACUACCCAAACCUUGCUCUUAACAAUGACAUCUGUCUUGAUGAUGUAGCGGUGGAACUUAAUGUGGAGCGCAGGCGUAUCUACGAUAUAAUGAAUGUAUUAGAGAGCUUGCACAUGGUCAGUAGGCUAGCUAAGAACCGCUACACGUGGCACGGGAAGGCCAACCUUCCACAGACCUUGGCAACACUGCGGAAAGUGGGAGAGGAGCACAAGUAUGGUGAGCAAAUGGAGCAGAUCAAGCAGAGGAGCUACGAGAGGGAGUUUGACUUUGACAGUGACGAGAAGGAGAAUGAGCAAGUAUGCAAGCCUGGGGAUGGGGCGAGUGAACCCGGGCAGAAGGAGAUGUUCUUCGUAGAGCUCCCAGGUGUGGAAUUUAGGGCAGCCUCGGUUAACAGCCGCAAGGACAAAUCUUUAAGGGUGAUGAGUCAGAAGUUUGUUAUGCUGUUCCUGGUCUCCACACCACGGGUAGUGAGCCUUGAGGUUGCUGCAAAAAUCCUUAUUGGUGAAGACCAUGUAACAGACCUGGACAAGAGCAAGUUCAAAACAAAGAUCCGGAGGCUAUACGACAUUGCAAAUGUACUGAGCAGCUUGGAGCUUAUUAAGAAGGUUCAUGUCACGGAGGACAGGGGGAGGAAGCCAGCCUUCAAGUGGACGGGCCCAGAGGAUUUCACCAGCAUUCGCGAGACUUCAUCAGCUAUCUCCCCUGCUGUGGCAGGAACCUUGGAGUCCCGGGCUUCCAUAGAGAACUGUGCCAAGAACCUUUUUUCCUCCGCCGCAAUCAAGCACAGUUUCACUCGACACCCAUCUCUGAUUAAACUGGCAAAAAGCAUCCAAGAAGAUCGCAGGAAGAUCAAUUCUGCACCCACUAGUCCUGCUAAAGUUUCCCCAAGUAGUUCGUCAAAUGCUGAAUUCUAUCCAAACAAAAUGGCCCAGCUGGCAGCCAUCUGCAAAAUACAAUUAGACGAACAAUCAAAGAAAAACGUGACAUCUCAACAGGAUUCUACAUUAGCAAAUGUUUUUCCAACAAAUGAAAUUAAUUGUAAAACUGCAGAGACAGCAUUGACUAUGGAGCCAAAUGCCACCAGUGCUUCUCAGGCACAUGUGCCAGUUCAGUCUGCAGGAACAAUGCCAUUGGUCACCUCUCAGUACUCCCAUUUGAUCCCAGUUCUCAUACCACAACACCAAAUGGGCGGGACCUAUGCGCUGUACAUUCCGCCUUCGGUUAGGCCACACCCCUCCAGCUUGGCUGUACGCUCAAUGACCUUCGAGGACAAGGCUGGAGGUGCCUCGGGUGAAGUCACCAAGGACAGCCACUCUCCAGGGAUGUCUGCAGAGAAACACUUGGGUAUCUCUCAAGCCCAAGACAGCCACCUACCCAUUAAGAGCCAUAGUGCGACUCCAUCUGCCUUAAGUCCUGGCUUGACUCUGAAGCGUGCUGCUGUUGAUUGUGUACCUGAGAACAGCCCAUCCAAAGUCCUGAAAAAGCGCAACAAUUCCAGGGUCACCUCAGCCCAAGAGCUGGGUGAGACAUUACAGGCCCAUCCAAAGGUACGCAGGGGGCCGUGUUCCAACCGGCCUUCUCCCCGGGCCCUGCACCUGGACCCAGAGUUUGUCAACACCCCAGAGAGCACAGCGGCAGAAAAGCUGGACCAGAGUGUGGAAAAGUUCCUGGAGAAGGAGGAGAGCGAGGUUGGCCUUACACCAGUUCGCGCUAUCCCUGUGCAAGAAGUUCUCUUUCCCACAGGACACCUACCUGCAGAGGCUCUGAUCCCUACAGGAUACCUGAUCCCCAUCUCUCAGCCAUCUCUCAUCAACCUCAAUGACUCUCCAGACUCCAGCAGUGAGAACACCAGCGCUGCAGGCUCCAGUCACAGUGUGUUUCACACCCCUACAGCAGGGUCAGCGUCCACGGUUGCUCAAGAGUUCACUCCCAGAAGUUACCCUCUUCAGUUGCCUGCAUCCACUGUGUCCAUUUCGCCUUUUGUUUCACCUGUGUCUGGCCAUCGGCUCCACAGCCCAAGUCCCGCCAUCCUUAACUUCACGCUGCAAAACGUAGGCCUGAUCCCCAGUGGCAGCCCAAGAGCAGUACCUGCCCCUACACCCCCUGACCAGGCCAGCCCUAGCCCUGCAUCACUGGGCUUCCAUCAGAGGGGUAUGGUCUUUGUCAGGCCCAUGUCACCUGUACCUCUGCAGUCCCAGGCUGGCCAGCCCCUCGCCCUGCUCAGUUUACAACAGCCACUGAUAGCAACUCCAAAAGGAACCCAGCCCCUCCACACCAGCUUCUUCCACACUCCUGUUUCCACCUUAUCCCCUGGGACCGCAGUGUUCACCCCAACUGGCCAGAAAGUCUCCAAAGCUGUUUACAUUCCGCAAAGAAAACUUGACAUCACCACUGAGGACAACUGAAAAAGCGCCUGUUCGGCAGACCUGAUGCUGCUAAAUGACCUCUGCUGAUGAGCCACGGUUUGCAUUCUGGACUCUGUUCUCGUGUUUUGCUUAAUCAUAGCAGUUUGCGCUUUUUCGUUUUUCAUUCCUUUACCUCAACUAACAUCGGAAGGUGAUUUGACUGAACGCUGCAGAUGUGAAGAAACACAGCAUUGGAGGAGCGCCCUUUUAGCACAAACAACAUUGAUUCAUUUGACAUAGUGACCACCAGCUCCAUAUAUAGAUCAAACAGAAACAACAGCUGUGAGUAAGAACCCUAAAAUAAUACCUUUGUAAAGCCAGGGCUUUGUGGUCUGGUAAUCUUUGUUCUCAAAAUAUCGUCACAUACACGUAAGGUUACCAGUCCUUACAGCAAUGUUUGACAGGAU